AGGAAAAAUUACAAAGAUUACUUAAUAAUUUUAUUAAUAAAAUAAAUUUACAAAAUAUAAACGAAAUACAGUCAAAAAUGUCUGCAGCCACGGAAAAACAAAACAACGGCGACGUAGCUACCGUCGAGAAAGUAGCAGCCGACGCAGUUAAAGAGGAUCUCAAAACAAAACCUGCCGUAGAAGACAGCAAAUCAGCAGCAGUGGUAAGCGACAACGGUACAGCGUCAAAGGACACCGACGCCGCAGAUGAGGAAGAUGACACAGAUGUCGCUCCCGCUAAAGAACAUGUGAAAGGCACGAAACGGCCAGCUGAAGCUAAACAUUUAGAGUCAAAGAAGGCUAAAAAAGAAACAAAGGCGGUCGAUGUCGAUUCCGAUGGUGACGAAAUACUAGAAGAUGAUGUUAAUGAAGGUGAAAGUGAUAUCGAAAGUGACGAGUACGAUAUACCUUAUGAAGGUGAAGAGGACGAUAUAGAAGAAUGUGAAGAUGACGACGAUGAGAACGAUGACGGUUCAGGUUCUGACGAUCAAGCGUAAUAAUAAUAUCGCUUAGUCAAAAAGUAACCCCUCUUAAUUAAUAUUAAUUAAAAAAAAAAAAAGAAAAAAAAAAAAACUAAAAGCCGAAAAAAAUACAAACAAAUCAUUUUAAAUUUGUAUAAUUUACGUUAGAAUUUAUAUAUAACAUAACUGUAAAAGUUUACUUUUUACUGAGUUGACAAAAAGGUAUUUUCGGUAUGCAUAUAUAAACGUUUUUAAAGAACUUCUUCUGUCAGUGUUAUCAUUUCAUUUUUUUAAACAUUGGUUUCGUCACCAGCCAUCAUUAUUUUAAGGGUUAUAAACAUUCUUGUUUGUGACUGUAUAGUUGAGGGUCAAUUUGAAUACUUUAUAUAGUUUUUUUAAAUUUUAAAUUACUUCCGCAAUGACCCGUCAGACUCAAAAAGUUUGUGGCGUUGAUUUUAUAACAGAGAUUACAUACAAGAAAUUCCCAGUUUGUAUAUUUUUUUCGUUUAAAAAGAUGAUUUAUUAUGAUAAAAAUGAAACGUUCUGUUCAAUCUUAGAACUAAUGAAAAUAUCAUCAGUUACCAUUGAAUUUGUUUUUUAUAUAGAAGAAAUAAAUUCUUUUAUAAAAAAAAAAAAAAAAAAAA